GUAAAUAAGAAACAGGUGAGCAGAUUUUUUCAAAUUUUUAUGCGCGGGAUCUAAUCAGUGGCGAUUUGAUAUUUGAAUAACACUUCUCAGUGCUGUUUCUUCGGCAGAUUUUUCUCACUUGAAAUUUUACGCACCUGUGAGAUCAACCUUGAAUAUAUUCUGUAACUACUCGAGCGUGAGAAUUUUAAACUAUUACAAAGGAGAAACAAGAUUUGUAGAAGUUGAGAGAAAAAAUAUUUGCCAAACCAAAAAGAAAAUUGACGACAUUCAUUUUGCUCUUUAAAUAUGGAGUUGGACGUUGGUAUGGAUGUUUUGAUGUCAGAUACUUUGCCCACUCCUGAACCACAAGAAGGUGACUUAAAUAUGAUACACUUGAACCCACUACAACUUAAUCUUGAUUUUGUUUUAUCAAAUCAUGGAAAAAAGAAAAAAUCAGGGAGUCAGAAUCAUGUAAAAAGGCCUAUGAAUGCAUUUAUGGUUUGGUCGCAAAUAGAAAGGAAAAAAAUGGCUGACGUCUACCCUGACAUGCAUAACGCUGAGAUCAGUCGGCGAUUAGGAAAAAGGUGGAAACUUUUGAGUGAUGUCGAUCGAAGACCGUUCGUUGUUCGCUCUGAGAAGCUACGUGAAGAGCACAUGCGACGCUACCCAGAUUACAAAUAUAGACCCAAAAAGAAAACGCGAGAGUUAACAAAGCCAAUAUGUAAUCAACAUAUCACUAAAAUUAUAAAACUUAGUACGGAUCAGCAAAGAACUGAAGAGUGUAAAAACAUAUCCGACAUGGAUAGAGUUGGUGCAAUGAACUGUUUAACAAGUAACAAUACGUAUUGCGGCAUGCUACAAAAUAAUAACGAUACUGUUCUAAGUCUCAAGCAUACGCAGUAUGUCUUGUCGCCAGGAAAACCUUUUUUGACACUUUCAAGACAAGUCGGCAAAAUUGGAAGCUUAAGUUCGUCAGAUGGAAAUUUAACGUUAUCACCACAGAAAACUGCUGAAUUUAACAGUAAAGGUAAGCCUUCAACUCCGCCAGUCAACGUUCCAGACUACAUCGGGGCUACCGAUGACAGUGAAAGUAACAUGUCAUUCUAUGACGAUGUGAUGGACUAUCAAGACGGUAAGAAAUCACAACUUUUGCAGACAAAAAUCCAAAAAGGUUUGGAGCAUCGACACGAAAACACAAAUGGUGAUACUUUGUCAGAAGUACAUGAUUUUCAAGAUUUGUAUACAACGCCUGAAGUAUCUGAAAUUUUAACCGGGCAAUGGCUGGAAAGUAGCUUGGGCUUUUAAGUUGUGUAAGUGCUUUUAUGCAAAUGGAGGUUGAAUUUUUGUUAGUAUGCUAAAUUUGGUAUAUCGUUAGGGUUCGCUAAACCUGCUGUAUUGGGCUCCUUUACCGCUCUGGAAUGUUCAUUUGUUGACUUUGAGCAAAAAUAUGUUGCAAAGCACAAUUUUUCAACAAAAAAUUGAAUUUGAACACAUGGACUAAUUUAAUGACUAAUCAAUAAUCUUGUUUUUUUUAUCAAUUCCUGUACAUAUUUUAUUAAAUCAGUCAACAUUUAAAUUGUAAAUUGUGAAAUAGUAAAAAUUAAUUAAAAAGAUAAA